AUGAAGACACUCAAGAGCCAGAGGUCCUUUGCCGAAAAAUACAUGGACGCGAGGGACAAGGUUCAAAAGCAGGUUGAUAGAUUUCCCGUCCACUGGGCAGGUGUUCGGACUGAGGGUGCUGCCAUGAGGGAUCAGGCAAUGGGACCUGGUGGCUUCUGGAUUGCGCGUUGA